AUGCGGGAGGCUGUGAAGCUGCGAUCAAUACUUGAGUCGCCGCCGCCGCUGUCGCGCCGCCGCAGGCCGCGCGUCUACGAAAGCGAACGCACCGACCUCGCUGCCCUUCACCGAAGUGUCGACGACCCCAGGAUCCGCGCACCUCCCGGCAGUUCACGGAUCCCCCGACCCCCGCAACAGCCCUUUACACUUCUCCACCUCGAUCUUCGUGACCCGAUUAGGGAAAACUGUCACCUCACCUUCAGGCCGAAGGAACUUUAA